AAUUGUGAUCCUUUUUUAUAGAAUUUCAUUAUUGGACUCGAUAAAAAUUGCCUUUCGAUAAUAUAUAACGAAAGUAUUAAAUUCAACAUUAGAACAUUUGAGUGUUGAUAUUUAUCAUCUAUAAUGAGUGAUUUUUCUUUUCGUUGCUUGUUUAUUUGUUUGUUUGUUCUUUUUUUGUUCUUUGAUCGAAAGUCGAUAUUCGACGAUAAUGCAUGAUCUAUUGAAAGGGUGCACUUUGAAAACGUACGGUUCAGAAUAUUGAUAGAUAGAUGGACAGAUGGAUAGAUGUAUAGAUAGAUAGAUAGAUAGAUAGAUAAGGAGAAAAAGAGAGAGAGAGAGAGAGAGAAGGAUCGAAAGCAUGUAUGGUUUCUAAAGUUUUCUUUGAAUUUAAGUUCUUCAAGUUACGUUGUAAACUUCCCUUUACGAAAAAGGAUCAACAAAAAAGGAGAGUACAACUAGACGGUUCCUUUGAUAAACGAAAUUCUUUUUAUUUUUUCUUUUUUGUUUUUUUUUUUUCUUUUCUUUUUUUAAAUCGUAGGUACUUUACGAAGGAGAGACAGAGAAACAGAGAGGAGACCAGCUUGUUGCUUUUGUCGUAUAUCGGGUUCGAUGGACUCGUGUGCUUGUAAAACGAUCAUGUAUGACUAUUUCUGACUAUUAUUAUUAUUAUUAUUAUUAUUAUUAUUAUUACUAUUAUUAAUUUUGAUAAUGAUGUUUGAAAAAGUGACGUUAACGAUUGUGAUCCAGUUGUUAUGUGAUAAAUGGUGAUCGAAAAUCCGUUACCACUGAGAAACUUUUGACGAAGAGCUCGAGAAGAAAUAGGAAGAGAGGAUCGUCGAUCAACGUGAUCAAGAGGAAAAAGAUAAGAAGAUCGUGAAACUUCAUUUCGUUUUUAAAUACAUAUCUCCUUUUUUUUACUCUUCGAACAUUUCUUUGCUACUUGUGCAGCGGCUACGAAGAGACAGAGACAGAGACAGAGACAGAGACAGAGAGAGAGAGAGAGAGAGAGAGAGAGAGAGAGAAAGAGAGAGAAGAUCCUGUUUUUUUUUCCACGUGAUGGCUCCUUAAGCCUAAGAUAAGGGAUCGUCAAAGGUCAAAAAGUUAGAAGGUAGAAAUUCCCAUGCGCGUUCGGAGCAACCGUGGAGGGCCACGGUCGAAAGGAGAGAAGGAGCAUGACGUAGUAAUUGGCGAGGGGGGCGUUUGGGAUGCUCCUGACUUCCGGCUAGGGUCGUAUGGAGGGGAAAGACGAGACCACCACGGAGGACACCCUAUUUUUCAAUCUGACGACCGUCGCUACCAACGACAUCGACGAGUUACUACCAAGAUUUCCCGGAAAGCAUUCGCUUUACACGCCUCUUCAGGCUAUACUGAUCGCCCUGGUGCUGGUAGGCAUUAUCGUCGGCACUGUCAUUGGAAACAUCCUGGUUUGCGUCGCGGUAUUUCUCGUUAGGAAGCUACGACGACCGUGCAACUAUCUAUUGGUUAGCCUUGCUGUCAGUGAUCUCUGCGUGGCGCUCCUGGUAAUGCCGAUGGCAUUGCUAUACGAGAUAUCCCAUAAUUGGACAUUCGGAGCGCUUAUGUGUGAUCUUUGGGUUAGCUUCGAUGUACUCAGUUGCACCGCCAGUAUUCUCAAUCUAUGUAUGAUAUCUCUCGAUCGGUACUGGGCGAUCACGAAGCCUCUUCAAUAUGGCGUUAAAAGGACACCAAAACGGAUGAUAAUCUACGUUACCCUCGUUUGGCUCGUCGCAGCUUGCGUUAGUCUGACGCCAUUGUUGAUUAUCGAAAAUGCUCAUACCUAUUCGGAAACUGGACCGUCACACUGCACCGUCUGUCAGAAUUUCUUUUACCAGAUCUACGCAACCCUCGUCAGCUUCUACAUACCACUAAUUGUCAUGAUACAGGUGUAUUACAGGAUAUUCUGUGCAGCCCGAAAGAUAGUUCUCGAGGAAAGAAGGGCUCAAAGCCAUUUGGAAAGCCACUGUUACCUCGAUAUCGAACCAUCCGUACAGAAUCCAAUGACGCCUGGUAUAAAUCGUCAAUUUAAUUCAGAAGUAAUUACGGGACAAGGUAGUCCACCUGUCAAACAACACAGAAGUUCCAGUGCUUCCACUACGAUACGUUCGAAAGCUCGUGGCGAAUGCAGGCCGGAAAAUAAAACACCGUGCAGCGGUCAUGCAGUGAGAUGUUUCGCCGGUGGUCCACGAAAAAGCAACGAGUCGCAGUGUCCGAUGUUGCAGAAGUUAGAAAAGCCAAUUUUAUCGUCGUCUACGACGACGAUGACACCGUCGAUAACGUCGACGUCGAAACCGACAUUGAUAAGGAAUCAUUUGAACAGCACCUGUAGCGUAACCAAUUCGCCUCAUCAAAAGAAAUUAAGGUUCCAUUUGGCGAAGGAAAGAAAAGCUAGUACGACAUUGGGCAUCAUAAUGAGCGCAUUCAUCAUCUGUUGGUUGCCAUUUUUUGUUCUCGCAUUGGUCAGACCAUUCCUUCCUGAUCCACAAGCUAUUCCAACAUUUUUAUCGAGUCUAUUCCUUUGGUUGGGUUAUUGCAAUAGCCUUUUGAAUCCGAUUAUUUACGUCACCCUUAAUAGGGACUUUCGUAAGCCAUUCCGUGAGAUAUUAUGUUUCCGAUGCAGCAGCUUAAAUCACAUGAUGAGAGAAGAGUUCUAUCAAAGUCAAUAUGGCGAUCCAGUAAAUAACUAUGAAAUAAAAGCCGGCGAAACCGAAAGCGGUGAUAGAUUGGAUGAUCAAGGGGUCGAAGCAAUCGACGUUGUGGCCAACACACCUAAUGAGAGCUUUCUAUGAUCAAAGUGAAUAAUUAUUACCUUUAUCAAACGAAUUCUUCUCACUGAUCUGAGCUUCUUAUGGGGAUAUACAUCCAAUCCGAAACUCGGAAUGUUUUAACUAAAUAUUUAUCGAUCGAAUUUUUAACUUAUUGCGGAGGAUAUACCAGCAGAUUUUUUACGUACGAGUUUUUUCUUCUGGAUUUCUUCUUUUUUCUUUCUUUCUUUCUUUCUUUCUUUCUUUCUUUCUUUCUUUUUUUAUUUAUUAUAUAUAUCUUGUAUACUUUUU